GCCGCCACGUGGCCCUCGCUCUGCUCCACUCGCCUUCCCCCUAUUUAUAGCCCUUCUCGCUGAUGCCCUGAAACUCAGCUUCGGCUCUCUAAUCACUAACAAGUAAAAGAACAAUCUUUUUCCUCUCCCUGUCGUUUUAACUGUACUUGAUUCUUCAAUUUUCCGACAAUGGGGAGGUCAGUUAAGGUUGCGGUGAUCGGCGCCGGCAUUUCGGGCCUGCUGGCAGCUCGUGAGCUCAAGCGAGAGGGCCACCAGGUGGUGGUCUUCGAGCGCUACAACCGGAUCGGCGGCAUCUGGGUCUACGACCCCCGAGUCGAGUCCGAUUUGCUCAGUCUGGACCCGAACCGGGAAGUGAUUCUCGGCAGCGCCUAUCUCUCUCUCCGGACGAACCUUCCCCGGCCGAUCAUGAGCUUCACAGACUACCCAUUCCGCAUGAGGAAAGAGACGGAUUCGUACUUCCCAGGCCACGUGGAGGUGCUGGAGUUUAUUCAGAGCUUCGCCAAGGAUCAUGGGCUGGUGGAGCUGAUCCGGUUCGAGAAGGACGUGGUUCGGGUGGAGCGAGUCGACGAGAGCCGGAACGACCAGUGGGUGGUGGAGUGGCGGACUCGGGUGAACGAGUCGGAGUGGGAGAAGGAGUCGGAGGUUUUCGAGGCCGUCGUCAUUUGCAAUGGUCACCACACUACCCCAAGGGUUGCCGAUUUUCCUGGUUUUGAGAAAUUCCCAGGGAGGCAAGUGCACAGCCAUAAUUAUCGGGUCCCCGACCCAUAUAAAAAUGAGGUGGUGGUGAUGAUCGGAGCGGGAGCAAGUACAUACGAUUUGUGCAGAGAAGUCUCCAAAGUGGCGAAAGAAGUUCAUCUUGCUUCCAGAGCUCCCGAUGCCCAGGUCUCCAGGUUGAAUGAUUAUCCCAACGUUUGGCAACAUUUGAAGAUUGUGGAUGUCUCCGAAGAUGGCACCGUAACCUUCGAGGAGGGAUCGUCUAUUCGAGCAGACACCAUCGUCCACUGUACUGGGUAUAGCUACGAUUUUCCGUUUUUGAAGACGAAUGGAAUCGUGACAGUGGAUGAGAACCGUGUUGGCCCAUUGUACAAACACGUCUUCCCGCCCAAGCUCGCUCCUUACAUCUCUUUCGUCGGAUUACCCCAACGGGCUAUGCUUUUCUAUACAUUCGAAUUGGAAGCCCGGUGGAUCGCCGGCGCCCUGUCGGGCAAAUUCCGGCUGCCGUCGGAAGAGGACAUGUUGGGGGACACCGAAGCGUACUACCGGAAGAUGGAAGAGCACGAAGUGGGGAAGCAACACACCCACAGCAUAUUCCCGCUGCAGCACGACCACCACGACUGGCUGGCGGCGGAAGUAGGGGUGGUGGCGCCGUCGGACAGGCUGAAGAAGAUACACGGGCACAUCCUAACCCUGGUGAAGAUGCAGAGAGACAACGUGAGGGACGAUAUAGACCGGGAAAUGAAGUUGGAGGACGAAGCCGAUCGUACGCAAUCUUGGUACUUGGGGGAACCCUAGAGUAGAGUGAAAGGUGAAGACGCAAGGCACAAAACAAAACAGCACAGCAGAGGCUCCUCCUGUUUAGUUCUCCCUCUUUUGAAUGUGUUUCUAUUUGUUUGUAACAGGAAGAUUUCUUUUCAUAUAUACGCAAAUAAAUAGCAAGUGAUGAUCAUUAAUUUCUGUACAUGCCCAGGUGGCAAUAUCAUUUGCUAUAUAUCAAUAUAUGUGUUUGACAAUCAA